CGGCGGCGGCAAGGCAAACCCACGGCCGCUCCGCCGCAGAGGGGUCAACGUGAAGCGGAAGGCGGCCCUGAGGAGGAAGCACCUGCCUCCCCGCGACGGGGAAAAGCGGCCGCCUCCGGCCCGGAGCUCGGCGCCGGUGGCGGGGGAUUACAGGGAGGAGGACGCGAUCGCCGUGCACCGUCGGGUCUGGGAGAGGAGAUGGGCCGGCAAUUUCGGCUCCUUCGACGACGAAACGGGUAUCGGUCCCAUGUGCUACACAUCCGCACCGCCCACCCCGGAAUACCUUUUCAGAGAACAGGCCGUGCAGAUCUUCUCCAUCAGGGUCAGGGCCCCAACAGAUGGUCUCAAGUGGCCACUGCAUGUCCAUGGCUAUGUCGCCACCAGAGACUCGAUGGAUCGCAAUCGCAACUAUCUCUUUAGGCGCGCAAGGGAUAACUGCCAAACCCUCACGCAAAACGAUCCAUUCUUGCUGUUAACAGGCCCAUCCCGCGCGGUAGUGUUCCUCGAUCCGAUCACGUUCGAAGUCCAGCUAAAAGUGAAGGGAAAAGGGGAGUCCGAAGACGAAAUGCUGGCUUUUGCUGUCUUCUACUACGGCGACGGGAAUGCUUGUGCACGCAAGCUCUCCAUGUCCAUCCCCCACAACCGCUGCACGCUCGAGUACGAAGUGGCGCUGCGGCCGCGCUCGGUCGAGGCCACCAUCAGCGUCAAGAUCGUCGAAGGGUCAUGGCCGGAGAACCACCGAGGACAGGUUGUCGCCCUCACCUCCGGCGUAGACGGGGAGGUCGUCUUGCUUCGUUCUGGAGACAGAGAACUGCCCGUCGGUUCGGACGGCGCGAUCGAGCUCUCGAGGCGGGUUGUUUCUGUAGAUCUAAGAGAGAAACUGGUGGUUGCUGUGGACGCCUCUCUGUCCGGUUUCCUUGCGCGGGGUACAGCUGAGUUCAAGCCGGAGAACUAUGGCACGAGCCACGGCGUGUGCGACCUCGGUUCCUGCAAGAUUCAAGUCGCCGUUGCUUGGUCCCUUUUCGUUAUUGUUUUGGGAAGAUAGAUAGACCGUGUUGGGUAGUGUUUGGUGGUUGCCUGUUUAGCGAUUUUCAGUGGUAGCAUCCCUGAAGCUGUUGAACUGUUUCUGUAUGGUCAUGUCAUGAUGCCUUUUCGUGGCACUCAGCUUGUUAUGUGUUUGCUCAGAUGUUAUGGCACUCAAUUUGUAAUUUUAUACCCUAGGAAUGCAUGGUUUCUAAAAGAAGAAGGUAUAUUUCUGCACAAAUUAGCACAUGUAUAUU